GCACAAAAAAAAACUCUCAUUUCCAAAACUCUCAAAAUUCUCAGAUUUCAUCUUUCACCAAAAAAAAAACAUUCGUGUGUUUGUUUUUUUUUUCUGAUUAUCAAGUUAAGAGAAAAUGACUAGCGUAGCAGACGCUGAGCGCGACAAAUACAGCAUGAUAAAUUUUGAAGAAACCGAGUUGAGACUCGGUCUCCCCGGUGGAUCAGUGAAUGAUCACGGCGAGUCACCGGUUAAAAGCAGUUGCGGAAAGAGAGGUUUCUCGGAAACUGCUAACAUGGAUUUGAAGCUUAAUCUUUCUUCAACAAAUGAUUCUGUUUCUUCUUCUUCAACUAUUGCUUCAGCAGCAAACAAAGGCAAAGAGAAAACCUCCACAACCGUUACCGCACCUCCUCGCGCUAAGGCACAAGUUGUGGGAUGGCCACCAGUUAGAUCCUUCAGAAAGAACAUAGUGAAUGUUCAAAAGAGCAACAAUGAAUCAGAACCAGAAAAAACCACAAGUGGUGUUGGAAAUGGAGCAUUUGUUAAGGUGAGCAUGGAUGGUGCACCUUAUCUACGUAAGGUAGACCUUAACUUGUACAAGAGCUACCAAGAGCUGUCAGAUGCGCUGGCUAAAAUGUUUAGUUCUUUCACAAUUGACAACUGUGGGUCCCAAGUCACCAAAGACUUUAUGAAUGAAAGCAAAUUGAUUGACCUCUUGAACGGCUCUGAUUAUGUACCAACUUAUGAAGACAAAGAUGGUGAUUGGAUGCUUGUUGGCGAUGUUCCUUGGGAAAUGUUUGUUCAAUCGUGCAAGCGCCUUCGAAUAAUGAAAGGUUCCGAGGCGAUUGGGCUAGCACCAAGGGCAGUGGAAAAGUGCAAGAACAGAAGCUGAAAACCUCGUUAUCAUAUUCCGACAAAAAUCCUCUUGUUGUUGAUCAUCGAUUGGCGUUUCAGGAAGCAAAUUGGUCUCGAGUAAGAUCGGGGCUAAUAUAGGAAUAAUAAGAGUUCAAUUAUUAUUAUUAUAUUAUUAGUAGUAUUAUUAUGUGUUUGUGAUAUUUCUUUUGUAUUUUUUCUCUCUUAUAUGUGUAUUAUAUAUGAAUGAGAAAUUAGGUGGAAAUUCCUUAGGGACAAGAAAUAAUAUAUAAGAUGUUUAUAUGACCCACUUUUUGUUUUCUAAGGGAAAAAAAAUGCGACUUGUCUAUUGCCAGCGUGUGCAUGAAUAAUAAUAGUGACAAUUUUCCAGCUAUCA